UGCUAAGGUAAGCUUCCUUUCAUAAACCUAAACCAUCCUCCAACCUCGUCUUUUGGUAACCCAAGGUACCCAUCUCAAUUGAUUGCGACAGCUACGUCCCAAUUGCCGACAUACAGAAACUCCUCCGUCGCAGCAUCCGACUUGAUCUCGAUCUCAAAUUCCGACGAUGUCUCUUAAGGGUCCUUCUCCGCAACACCACGAUGGCUCUAGCCUGCGCAUCGGCAUUGUCCACGCUCGUUGGAACUCAGCCAUCAUCGACCCUCUUGUGACCGGUGCCAAGGAGAAGCUCCUCGCAGCUGGCGUCAAGGAGUCCAAUAUUGUCAUCCAAUCUUGCCCUGGCUCCUGGGAGCUUCCCAUUGCCGUCCAGCGCCUGUUCUCCGCUUCUCAAAUUCAGGGCACCUCAACUGGCGGUCCCUCGGCAACCGAUCUUCUGGCUUCGUCCACUACCGAUCUCACCUCUCUUCCCGCCUCCUCAGGCGCCUUUGAUGCCAUCAUCGCUGUCGGCGUUCUGAUUAAGGGAGAGACCAUGCACUUUGAGUACAUUGCCGAGUCAACUUGCCAGGGCCUUAUGCGUGUCCAGCUCGACACUGGCGUUCCCGUCAUUCUUGGCGUCUUGACCGUUCUGACCGAGGACCAAGCGAAGGCUCGUGCCGGUGUUGACGGUAAGGGUCACAACCAUGGAGAGGAUUGGGGUCUUGCUGCUGUCGAGAUGGGUGUCAAGAGAAAGGAGUGGGCCAAUGGCACCAUUGAUGGUUAAAACAGCAACGUGCAUGACAAAUGAUAAAAUAUCGCAUUUUGGACAAGGCGUGGAUAAUCUUUGCGUCUGUCAACGGACCGAUGAAAGCAUGACUCGGGCCACAGAUGAAUACCAUUCCGAAAUGACCUCCCAAUUAGUCAAUUACCGCAUAAAGAUGUCUCUAUCAUGCGCCAGUCUCAGUCCUAAUGAGCCGGCGCUUAUCAUAUCUUUCCCCACGACGCCCGGGUGAAAAGCACUUCUAGAAUAUACAAUUGUAUGUGGCUCUCCACUCGGUGGUUGAGUAUUUCAACCCAUGGAUAUCCAGAUGCAAAAAUAGAACAUAUAAACCAAUCUUACCUCCUUCUCUUUUGUAAUAGUUCCACACCCACCAACCCUUCGAAUUAUAUCAUGGCUCCAAAAUCGCUUCCCAGUCCCUUCUUUGACUUCCACAUGCUGCGCUUCUUGUCUCGCUUGGCCUUCAUCGCCUCCCACCCUUCCUCGUCGUCAUCAUCUGAACCGUCGCCUGUGGCGCUUACAACGUUAAUAGUAGACUUUCCCUUGGGGUCAUCCCAGCGACCCAGCGCUCCAGACAUGGUGUUGGUUCGUCGGUGGGGAUCGGGGGCUGCAGCAGCCGGCAUUUGGGAUACUGGGCGAUAUCGGCCGGGAAGACCGAUGUUGCUUCGCUCGGAUGGUGCGAUUGACGGAGUGUAUCCCAUAGGGGCCAUGCCGUGAAUCGAACCAGCGUAUCCGCCGGGUGGUGGCAGGAAGGGAGCGCCUGAGGGUGGCGCUACCAUGCUCAUGGUACGCAUUCCGGCGUCCAUACGGCGGGGAGGCUCUAAAGCUGGCUCAAGCAUCAUUGAGUGGCGAGAAGAGAGGUCGUUCAUAGAUUGUGUGGCAGAGAGUCCUCCAUAAGUUUGCAUCAUUGGCAUCAUCCCGGGUUGCUGCUGCUGCUGGUGGUUGUUGGUAGCCAUCAUUUGCAUAAACUGCAUUUGCAUCUGCAUGAACUGUGACAUCUGCUGUGUCAUUUGAAGCUGUGCCUGGUCUCCCACAGUGAGCUGUGGUGGCGCCAUGGGCAUAGGCAUCUGUUGUUGAGACAUGCCCAUACCUGGCAUAUUGUACAUGCCGCCCAUGCCGUUCGGGACGCCUUGGGGCAUGUUGUCGAAAGGAGGUCCUUGGGGCCCAUUCAUGCCAGGAACGAACUUCUGGCCAUUUGCGUUUGGACCGCCGCGGCGCAUAGCUCUUGAACGUUCUUCACUGGCGAUCACGCCAACCAACCCCCCAGGGGGUAAGGAUUGCUGGGACUCUGAGGCAGGAAGGCCGCCACUGAAAGUAAGCGACUCCCGCAUAGCAGGCUUUGCGAUACCUGCACCAACAAAAGGGUCCUGAGGAAGACCGCGGGCGAAUGCAGGCAGCAUCGAAUGGCGCUGGUUUUGACUGCUGCUCUCGCCCAUCGCUGAGCCGGGUCUUGGGGGCGCCAGCUGGGUUGAUGCUCGCAGGUUGGGGUUGGAGCCCAUGGUGCUGAGUCUAGCGGGUGGUCGGUUCUUGCUGGGGAAGCCAUGAGCCUGCAGAAUGGCCAAAGGAACCUCCUCGUCGUCAUCCUCGUCAGAAGCACCUGCCGGGGGUCCGGGAGAUGGUGUCUUCAUGAGGUGAAGUUGGGGUGCACUCAUCGAGCUGGCCAGCCCGGGCCUUUCAUGCGAUUGCAUAUCAGGCUGCUCUCCAGUGACUUUCAUCAUCUGCUGUCGAUAGACUGCCAUAUGAGCCUCCUGCUUUCUCCUCUGCUUUGCUUGCUGCUUCGACUUCUCGAUCUCGUCCUCAUCAUCAUCAUAAUUGAUUUCAUCGUCAUCGUCAUCGUUGGGGGCUGACUGCAUCACUCCAUCACUCGAGUCGUGACGCUCCUUGUCUUUUCGAUAUCUUUCGAACUGGGCCGGGGUCAUGACCUUGUUGUUCCGUGGUGGGCUAGGAGCUCGAGAACUGAAACGGUUGGUGAUGCGCGAAGAGUGAGCGGAAGUUCCUUCGAACAAAUUGUCGUCUCCUCUGUUGAAGCUGCUGUUGAGAGGCUUCCUCUCGAACGAUGAGAAGGAAUCUUCGUUUCGUCGGUAACGGCCGGAAGGGGGGUUGGAGCUACUGGACUCGGAAAGCAACCUUCCGACAGCGAUGGAAUCCUGUAGCAACUUUGCGUCUUCAUCCUCAAUGAUAUCGGACGGCCGGUUUGACGUCUUGAAGGAACUCUGGUGGCGCGGAACAGGGGGUGGCAUAUCAUCGAGCUCAGGGGUCCCAGGCUGAGAUCCGAGAAGAUUGUCGUCUUCGUUGCGGCUGUGCCACGACUCAGGGCCAGGCUCAACUUUGGUGAUCUUGUUGAUACUCAGAGGGGGCGGCUGGAUGGAUCGGUUAUUGGUAAGUGAGCGAGGAGCCGCGGAACCGUCAGCCCUCAUGGUAGCGACGCUCGCUCUCUUGUCGAAGGACGAGAACAUGGAGCCGAAAUCACCUCCCAUAUCUAUGCCCCCAUUCUCCAUCUCUAACUUUGGCGGUGUAGCAGUGCUGGUUGUCGAUUCGGUCAAGCCUCUAGAUCUUCCACCAAAAGCAUCCUGUUGAAUGGCUGGAACGGGAGGGAUUUCGUUAUUGUCAAUCUUUGGGGAGGACGCGCUAUGUUUUUUCUGAACCCCAAAAGAAAAUGUUCGACCCGCUCGGUUCAGAAACCCGGACCCGCUGGAUUUUACACCAGGUCGAGGAGCGAUCUCGUGCAAGUUCUUCUUCUGUGAAUGCGAAUGUUUGGGAUCGUCUUGGCUCUCGAGAUUCGUAGAAGACGGAGCAGUUGAGGCAUUGCUGUGCCUUGAUGAGGUAUCAGUUGAUGUGGCCUUGGUCGUAUUAGAGGCCCCACUUCCCCUGGAAAGGAGUCAGCGCCAUGAUGCAUGACUUAGGAUGUGUUAUUUUUAUCUUUCCAGAACCAACGGCAGCCGUGCAACAUUCCUUGGCGAGUC